CCAUUUUCGGGUCGCACCACAAUUAUCUGAUGAUGGAGUAGAGUCUUCCUUGAUGUUUCUUAAAUUCUCAGGUUUUCUUUGGGUGAGUUGCCAAGAAUCUGCGGGAAACUAUUCAUCUUUUUUUAAACCCCAUUGAUGAGGUUGUUGUGACACAUAUCAAAAUGGGUGCUUCUCCAUCAGUUCCACAAAAAUGAAUCCACCAAUUCACCGUCAAGGAUAGCAAAGGAAAGGAUGUAGACCUCACCAUCUACAAUGAAAAAGUGCUUCUUCUUCCAAAUGGUUUACACUCCUCCUUUUUCCAUUAUUUUUAUAUGCAAUUCAUUCACAAACUCAAACUAUACCCAAUUGACUGAACUAUACGACAAAUACAAGGAGGAAGGCUUUGAGGUCUUGGUCUUCCCCUGCAACCAAUUCUUGAAGCAAGAGCCAGGGACAAGUGAGGAAGCACAACAAUUUGCUUGCUCUAGAUUCAAGGCAGAAUAUCCCAUUUUCCAAAAGGUGCGAAUUAAUGGUCCGGAUGCAGCACCAGUUUACCAAUUCCUUAAAUCAAGCAAAAGUGGUUUUCUCGGUUCCAGCAUCAAAUGGAAUUUCACCAAAUUUCUGAUUGAUAAGGAAGGAAAAGCUAUCAAGCGUUAUGGCUCCACUACUGCACCAUUGGCAAUUGAGACUGAUAUCCAAAAAGCACUAGGGAAGGUGUGAGAGGCUAUAUCAGUUGAUGAGUUCAGUUACAUAAAUAAAAAGAGGAUGGAUGGAGAUUUCUUGCAUAUUCUGCUUGUACAUAUAUAGUGUUAUCUGGGGAACAAAGUUUCAGUUUUUGCACGUCUCCUACCUAGCUC